GGCGAGCGCCAGCCAAUGAGCGUCGGCUCCAGCAAGUCCGGGCUUACGAGCACGCUGAUUGGCUGCCUGGUGGCAAAAGUGUCGCGUGUGGGAAAGCCGGGCCUACUCGAGGGCGGAGCUACUGCGUUAUGGACGUCCAUAAGGGCGGAAGUAGGUAGCCCAGCGGAAGUGGCUCCUGUACGGGAGGAAGGUGGUGUGGCCGUGGUCCGUGCUGGGCUUCGGGCCCCGCUAGGCUGCCGUCCCAGUUGGCCUGCCGCUAUGGAACUCAGCGCCGAAUACCUGCGGGAGAAGCUGCAGCGGGACCUGGAGGCGGAGCACGUGGAGGUGGAGGACACGACCCUCAAUCGCUGCGCGGCCAGCUUCCGAGUCCUGGUGGUGUCGGCCAAGUUCGAGGGGAAGCCACUACUUCAGAGACACCGGCUGGUGAACGCGUCCCUAGCCGAAGAGCUCCCGCGCAUCCAUGCCUUUGAACAGAAAACCCUGACCCCAGAGCAGUGGGCCCGUGAGCGGCAGAAAUAAGGGACCAGGACCUGCACAGCCAUUAAACUAUAAGUCAGAACCAG